UUUUUUUUGGAGCGCCUUUAUAUUCCCUGUUUAUAUAUUGCCUUUUUCCUCUCUCUCGGCUUUUGAUAAGACUCGCCCUUCCCCUGAAAUCUGAAACCCUUAAAACCAUAUACAUCCCUUAAUUUUCCUUUCAGGUUUUUCAUCAAACAGGUAUAUUUCCCCCGAUUACCUUUAAUUGUUCCGUAAAAACCCAUCCUUUUUCCGCAUAUCUGCGUCUAUCACGGCUGCGUAGAUUUAAUCCCCCCAUUUAGCUUAUAGACGUAGUUGGUUCUUUCUCAGAUCGUUGUGUUUUUACCACUACAUAUUUAUCUACCGUGUGGUGAUAUGCUUUGAUUUUGGGCUGGGUCAAUUUUGAACGAUUGCUAUGUUAGGCACCAUGAUUAGGUUGCUCAAAGUAAAGGAAAAACAGAGAGAACUUGCAGAAAGUGCUAAUGGGAAGCCUCCAGUGAAGAAGCAAAGUGCUGGAGAACUACGUCUUCAAAAAGAUAUCAGUGAACUGAAUCUGCCAAAAACCUGUACCAUUUCAUUCCCUAAUGGCAAGGACGAGCUAAUGACCUUUGAAGUUACCAUUCGGCCAGAUGAAGGAUAUUAUCAGAGUGGAACAUUUAUUUUCUCAUUUCAAAUUUCACCCAUCUAUCCUCAUGAGGCACCAAAGGUGAAAUGCAAGACAAAGGUCUACCAUCCCAAUAUUGACUUAGAUGGAAAUGUCUGUCUAAACAUUCUUCGAGAAGACUGGAAACCGGUUCUGAACAUAAACACCAUCAUUUACGGGUUGUAUCACCUUUUCACGGAACCAAAUCAUGAGGAUCCACUCAAUCAUGACGCUGCUGCUGUGUUAAGAGACAACCCGAAAAUGUUUGAAUCUAAUGCUAGGAGAGCGAUGGCUGGUGGCUAUGUUGGACAAACUUUCUUCCCUCGCUGCAUAUAGUAUGUGAAGUUUCCAGCAGUUUACCAAUUUUAGAUGAAAUUGGGGCUGUAGUGUGGUCUAAAGACUGUACAUUUGGACGCCCAUCUAAAUCUGUAGGCUUUCUGCUACAAAUUGGAAGCUCGUUCAAAUCUCUUACUGAAAUUCAUGUAUCUAAGAAGCAGAAAAAUGUUUGUAUGCUACCAUAACUUUCUCCUUUAUGUUGGCUAUUCAUUAUGCACCAUAUGAAAGUUUAAAACCUUUGUUUGGAA